AAGAUAACUCAUCUCGAUCGGUGGCUCACCCCUGCCGCUGAGCCAUCCAAUUCCAAACUUCGAAAGUCCUAAUUCUCUUCAAUCUUAUUAAUCGUAAAUCUGCAGCCCCUCCUAGCAUCCAGAGUUCUGACGAGCACGGCCACCGGUGGAAUCUGCUAUCCGAACUACACCAUCUUCCGACAUCAUCUGAUUUCCCUGCCUCGCCACCUUCAUAUAGAUUCUCUUGUAUUGUACAGAAAACCCUAGCUUGAAGAAUGAUAUCAGCAAUAUCAUGGGUCCCCGAAGGGGCUUCAAAGUCUGUGCUCGAUGUGGCUGAGCAGCCUUCCAAGGAAGAAAUUGAAGAAUUGAUAAAAAUUGGUGCUUUAGAGAGAAAGUGAUUCUUUCCUUUCCUUCAUCUCUUUUCAAUCAGUUUCUUUAUUUUACUCUUUUUUUAAAAAAAAAAAUUUGGCGCCGAAUAAAAUACGCUGCAAAAAAGCCAGCCUUGUUUCUCUUCUUCGCGAUGAAGGAAUAAGCAAUAGUGAGGAUGUAGAUGACUCUAUGAAUGUUGAGGAUGAGAAGCAGAUCGAUCAAGUUGCCUAUGCAGAAGCUGUAGCUGAAGCAAUUGGGAAAACUUCCAAGAACAAGUGAGGGAUCCAAUUGGAAGAAGUUACUGAUGGCUUGAAGAAACUUGACAUGGAGCAUUAUGAUGAAGAGGAUGAUGGUAUCUCUGCUUAGGUCUUUUUCUUUUCCUCUUUCUGCUCUAUUUAAUAAUAAUAAGUGUUUUUC